AGUCCAGUCCAUAGUGGAUCUAACAUAAUAGUGUGAGAGUCCAGUCCAUAGUGGAUCUAACAUAAUAGUGAGAGUGCAGUCCAUAGUGGAUCUAACAUAAUAGUUGAGAGUCCAGUCCAUAGUGGAUCUAACAUAAUAGUGAGAGUCCAGUCCAUAGUGGGGCCAGCAGGAGAUCAUCUUGAGUGGAGACAGGUCAGCAGUUCUGAGACGUCACCAACUGAUGCACACAUGAGUGGUCCACCCCGGGUCCCGACUUUGUACAGCUAGCGCCUCAUCUGUGGUCACCUCGCAUGAUGUCACCUAGCGGCAGGAUGUAGAUCCCACAUCGGGGCAAGACAAAAAAACUCAACCCAGUGUGAAUGUCACUGUGGAGGGACAUUAGUGGCUUGUGGCUGUCAGUGUCAUCAUCACACAUUGGCUAGAGUGAAUUUUUAGCCCGUUCCCAUCGAGAGGCUUUUCUCCCGACGAAGGAACAAACACCGAGACCUUUUUUUGUGUGAAUAAUUGAUGUUGCAUAUGCUGACAGGAUGGGGGGAAAACCUCCUGAUGGUAUUUGGUGAAUCAUCGAGCAGAGAGGGAGUGUUUCUGUAAGAGUCGUGCUCACUGCACAGCACGACUUGCUUAUUUGUGCACCUGCACUGCAUCACAGUGAGAGAUGUUUCUAGUAUGUUGGUGAACCAUCCAGGAUGAAUACUUCAAUUGUGACAACAGCAUUGAGGCAAACAGACAAUGAUGUUUCAUCCUUCCCGUAUCCGUGACGACAAGGAUGCGGGCAAUCAUCCCCUCCAUUAAUGCAUAAUGAGCCCGGGAAGAUGAGGUGUGAACAAAUUAGUCCAAAAUCGAAGCGGGAGAGAGGGGUGCUUCUAUAAAAGGAGCGUGGACGCUGGAUGACGCACACAGCGUGUGGAGUGUGGGUGUAUAAAAGACCAAAAUGUGUUGAGCUCAGCGCACACAUGGGGAGACCAGCAAGAGUCUCAUACCCAUGUCUGACAUCCAACGCUGAACAAAGAUGAACACAAAGGAGAAGUUCCACCUUCCCGUUGAUGGCGUCUUCGAAAUGUUCAACACCUUCACCGGGCACCAGAGCCCCGCCCUCACACCCGUCCUGCGUCAACAGCACCCGAAGGUGUUGUCGAAGAGCGGCGUGGGUCUCCUGGGGACGGUCAAAGGGCGAUGGACGCAGCCGGACAGGAGAGCCUUGGAGAGCGUCUCCAGCGACCCGCUCCCCCGCGGGUGUGCGGAGGUGAUCAAGCCCAGGAACCGUCACAGAAUAGUGGUGCUGGGCGCUCCCCGGGUGGGCAAGACCAACGUGGUGAGGCGUUUCCUGGGGGAAGACUUCCGGGAGCAAUAUGAACCCACGGCAGAGGACUUCCACAGGAAGUUGUUCCACGUGGGAGGGGAGACCUACCAGGUGGACAUUCUGGACGCCUCCAUAGAGAGAAACUUCCCGGCAAAACGGAGGCUCUCCAUCCUGACAGGUGACGUCUUCCUGCUGGUCUUCAGUCUGGACGACAGAAAGUCCUUGACCGAAGUCUGCGAGCUCCUCGGCGAGAUCCGAGCCGCCCAGACCAAGCUGCUCAAGUUCAAACGCCCGGCCAGGUUGCCGGCGCUGGUCUGCGGCAAUAAAUCCGACCUCCACGCUCAAAGAGCGGUCAGCAGGUCGGAGGUCACCAAGGCCCUGGCUCGCGACGUGGCCUUUGUGGAGACCUCGUCCAAGCACGGCACCGGGCUGGAGGCGGCGUUCAGGGAGCUGGCGGCCAUGGGCGGCCUGCCGGGCGAGACCGAGCCGUCCAAGCAUCAGCUGAUCUCCAUGGUGGCCUACCGCUCCUUGUGCGAGGGCCGGCGGGGCCGCGGGCGCGGUCGCACGCCCUGCGCCGCCGUGGACCCCCUGGUGCGCCGGCCCAGCUUCGGCAGCGACCUGCGACUGGUGCUCGGAUCAAGCGGCAAGGCCGACAAACCCGAGAGGUGUCAGAUUCAAUGAAUCGCCAGCGCCUCUCCAGAGAAACCGAUUGUAGUAGUAUGCUGCAAUGUUGUAUUAUGUAAGGAGUUAUACUCUGUACUAGCUGGCUGGACCAGUGCAUUCCUUUUUCUAUAAAACUGUACAAC